UUGAAUCUCUCCCUGCUCUUUUUUUCCUCCUCCUCUCCUUUUUUGAUUUCCACUUAUUGAAACCACCUUAUUCUUCCUCCUCUUCUGAUUUGGAUUAAUCCACAGCAGUGGUCACCUCUUGCGAGUUCUUCCCUCUUCUUCCUUUCCUGCCGGUUCUCAUUGAAGAAGACCUAGGGUUUGAAGCAGGGAACUUGUUGCGCUGAGUUAUUGAAACGGCAAUUCAAGUUGGCCAACUUAAUAUGGCUCGUGUAUCUACCGAUCAGCUAUUACAAUUGGAGACAACAUGUGGAUCUCUUCUAUACGAGCUUCAGAUUAUAUGGGACGAGGUUGGUGAGACUGAUACAGAAAGGGACAAGAUGCUACUUGAACUAGAACAGGAGUGCCUUGAGGUGUAUAGAAGAAAGGUUGAUCAGGCUAACCGUUGUAGGGCUCAUCUGCGACAAGCAAUUGCUGACUCUGAAGCUGAGCUUGCAACCAUCUGUUCUUCAAUGGGUGAGCCGCCAGUUCACACGAGGCAGUCCAUUCAAAAAGUAGGGAGAUUAAAAGAGGAGCUGAAUUCCAUAACACCGCAACUAGAGGAGAUGAGAAAGAGGAAAGGUGAGAGAUUGAUUCAAUUUUCAGAAGUAAAGCAACAGAUAAGAAAUAUCUCAGUUGAGAUCAUGGCUACUGAGUACCACCCAUCGAGGCAUGUUGUUGAUGAAUCUGAUUUAUCCAUUAGAAAGCUUGAAGAAUUGUGCAGAUACCUAGAGUCGCUGCAAAAGGAGAAGAGUGACCGCUUGAAACAGAUCAUGGAUCACUUGUCAACUCUGAAUGCUUUAUGUUCUGUUCUUGGUGUUGAUUUCAAAGAAAUAAUAAGAGAGAUACACCCUAGUUUAGAUGAUGCUGAAGCUUCCAAGAGUGUCUGCAGUGCCACAAUUGAAAGGCUUGCUACUGCCAUUGGCAGAUUAAGAGACAUUAAGAUAGAGAGGAUGCAGAAGCUUCAAGAUUUUGCAUCUACAAUGCUGGAGUUGUGGAAUUUGAUGGAUACGCCUAUCGAAGAGCAACAGUUUUUUCAGAACGUUGCCUGCAACAUAGCUGCUUCAGAAGAAGAAAUUACUGAGGCUAAUACUCUUUCAGUGAACUUUCUUAGCUGUGUGGAAGCAGAGGUUUUGAGGCUUGAACAACUAAAAGUAAUCAAGAUGAAAGAACUAAUCUUGAGGAAAAAGGAAGAACUGGAAGAGCUUGGUCGACGAGCUCAUUUGGUGGUUGAGGCAGAAAAUGGAGCUGAAGUUGCAAUUAGUGCAAUUGAAUCUGGAGCCAUUGAUGCUUGCUUAGUUUUGGAACAGAUAGGGUGCCAAAUAGCAACAGUUAAAGAGGAAGCUUUUAGCAGGAAAGAUAUUCUUGAAAGAGUAGAAAAAUGGUUAAUGGCAUGCGAGGAGGAAGCAUGGAUGGAGGAGUAUAAUAGGGAUGAGAAUCGAUACAAUGCUGGAAGGGGUGCACAUCUAACGCUUAAGCGUGCUGAGAAAGCUCGUGCUCUAGUUAACAAGAUUCCAGGAAUCGUAGAUACUUUGGUAGCCAAAAUUACACAGUGGGAGAAGGAAAGAGCCAUUGGGUUCACAUAUGAUGGCGUGCGGCUUCUUUCGAUGCUGGAAAAGUACGCCAUAGUUAGGCAAGAGAAAGAGCAAGAGCGGAAGAGACAAAGGGAUCAGAAGAAACUCCAAGGCCAACUGAUAGCUGAGCAGGAAGCCCUCUACGGUUCAAAACCAAGCCCUUCAAAGCCUCCAAGUGCCAAGAAAGUAGGUUCAAACCGAAGGCUAUCUCUUGGUGGGGCAGCAGCAUUGCAGACUCCUAAAUCUGAUUACAUGCAUUCUGCAAAGUCCACUCGCUCCGUAAAGAUGACAGAUGAUCUCGGUACACUUUCUCCCGGUGCAAAGGGAUUAGAUAUUACUGGCCUUCCUGUGAAGAAGCUGUCAUAUAAUAACGCCAUGACUACAUAUCAAGGAGUGCAACGCAAACCUUUCGCGCCCGUAGCUCCAGUCAACUCCAUUCCAUUGACGCCAUCCAAAUCCCUCAUUGCCAAUGCUUUAGAAGAGAACAAGAUCCCGAACGCAAUGCUGUCCCCGACCCCAAAAACUCCAGCGACAGCUGCAGCAGUGCUAAUGCAUGUGGCUACAACACCUGCCCCAACCUGCCUUUUCAAUGAAGCUCUGGUGAAGGUAGUAUCACCUGUCGAUGAAACUGAGUAUUCGUUUGAGGAGAGAAGGCUUGCAUUCUAUGUUGGUGGUAGAUGAAUUGAGCUACAUCGUUCAGUACAUAGUUGAAUACUCACUUUUUGAAUAUAGACUAGAUUUGUUCUUGUAAUCCUAGAUCUGAAGGAUGGUUGUGCAUCAAGAUGUUGGCAAAUGUUGACAGAAGAAUUGCAAGAGUACUUGUUCUUAAGAGAAUAA